AUGGACAACCACGUCGCAGCUGCGAUAUCACAAGCAGCAACCAGCGAAUACGGCUCUGAUGUCUCUCUUACAGCACUGAGCGACUACGGCUCAGACAUAGAUCUGACCGACAUCCAGGAGGACACGGCCCUGAGCAACCUGCUUAACAAGCUCGCAGCCUCUGCACCAAACGAAAUAUACCCUAGUAUUGAAAAGGACGCGCAGGAUGUUGGUUUGGUCCCCCAACCAUGGCGCCAGCCUCUGGCGGUGCACCUGGAAGGGCGCGCCAUACAGAGUUCACCUGUCGUGGCGAGUGGCCUGUCGAUGGAGUUCGAGUACGAUGCCCCGUCACGGCGGGCGUUCAGCGUACCCAAAGAAACGCAACCGUCUCAGAUACGGCCGACCACAGAGCCCAACCCAUUCGCCGGUGACUCGCGAACACCACUCGAACGCUUUCGCACGAAGCCUAAGAAGCCAUUGUCUGUGACGGACCUCGUCUCGCCAGCAUGGUGCGAACUGCAGUACUCCUACACCCUCUCCAAAUUCGGGCGUAAGCCGCGUACGCAAGCCAUGAAAACGGGCUCCAAGAUACAUCAAGCGCUGGAAGACGAAGUUCACACCACUAUACCCGUAGAGACUGUGAGCAAGGAAGAUCGAUUCGGUCUCAAGCUCUGGAACACGAUCCAAGGACUUCGUUGUCUCCGAGAAACAGGGCUCACGAGAGAGCUUGAGAUCUGGGGAACAGUAGAGGGGCAAGUGGUCAACGGUGUGAUUGACGAGUUGAGCUUUACAUGUCCAGACCCGGAGAUGGAGGGAAAGCUCGAGUUUUCUCGGGCGCAACAGAGCGGUGGGACGCUUCCCCUGGGCCAACUAAGCAUUGAACAGGCCUUCGGCAAAGCCGGCGGUAUCAGGCCGGAUCUACCAGACACAUCUGCGAGCGCUUGGCUUGGUAUUAUGGAAAGAGACCGACAUGUAUACAUCGCGGACGUGAAGACACGCGGUGGACGAUUACUGCCCAAGGGAGCCUCCUUGCGUCCAACUUGGAUGCAGCUGAUGCUGUAUCGUAAACUCCUUGAGUCACUUUUGUUCAACACGGUUGACGCGGAAACGAUAUUUGCACGAUACGGUCUUGCACCUCUGGAGUCCUUCUCAGAGGCAUUCAUAGUUGGUGGCGGGGCUUUCGGAGACGCCUAUUCAGACUUUGACCCCGAAAACCCCUACAGCAUUCUUCAGGCCAACGAAUUAAUAUCUCACCCGAAUCUUUCGUCCUUGUGGUCUCUCAUGAUUAGCGAGUACCAACAAACCAUCCCCACCCUCAGCGAUAUCCUCCGUGCAGAGUUUAGAUACGCGAAGACAGGAGAGGUAAUUGGUAACGAGCUUACGACAUACAGCGCGGAUACUAUCGAUGCGUAUGUCAAGAGAGAAAUGGAGUGGUGGAAAGGCGACAGAGAAGCUAAAGGCGUUGAGAUAGAGGAAGCUUUCAAGUGUCGAAUGUGUGAUUUCGCGGAGGAGUGUACGUGGCGCAAGACGAAGAUUGAGGAGGCAACAGAAAAAAGUAGGUUGAGGAAGGGAGCGAGGGGGAAAAGCGCUGUGUGA